GUAAAAAAGCGUGAUAAUAAAUCAGCUCUGGUCUGUUAGUAUAUUUUAUAUAUAAUUAGCUAUGGGUAAAGAGAAGUCAAAAAAACGUCGACGAUCCUCGUCUAGUUCUAGUUCGAGCAGUUCGGAUUCUUCACAAAAGAAAAAGAAACUUCGCAUGUUAAAGAAAAAAUUGAAGAAAGAGCAAAAGAAGACAGAGAAAAUUCUCAAAAAGAAGUUAAAGGAGGAAAAGAGAAAAAUGAAGAAGAAACAUCGCAGCAAGAGCCGGAGCCGCGAAACGUCGACCAGUAAGCAAGAUGCGGCCGCUGAUAUACCCAUAGAGUUAAUGGAGAAGUCCAAAGCAAUGGCACCAAUGACAAAAGAGGAAUGGGAACAAAAGCAAAGUGUUGUGCGCCGGGUGCUGGACGAGGACUCUGGCCGAUACAGGUUAAUAAAAGGUGAUGGUGAGGUGUUAGAGGAGAUUGUGUCCCGAGACCGCCACCGGCAGAUCAACCGGCAGGCCACACAGGCAGAUGGUGCUUACUUCCAAGCGAACACCGUUGACAGGAACAUUUACCCAUAGCCAUACCUUUUCUUCUCUUUCAGUGUCUUUUUACUUCUUUUCAG